AUGUACUUACAUGUCGCGGCGUGCAUCUUCAAACGUGUCUGCAUAUACACAGGGGCCGAAAUGAAACCCGAUUUGAUGGGAAGGGGGCUGAACCUGACGGCUGCAAGUCUGGUGGUGUUCGCGGAGCUCUUUUGGAAUCCGGGAGUGCUUGUCCAGGCUGAAGACCGCGCCUAUCGCAUCGGGCAAAAGGACUCCGUCAACAUCCAGUACCUGCUUGCUGAGUCCACGGCUGACGAUCAGCUUUGGUGGUGUCUCGACAACGGUAUUAACCCCGGUGCUCUUUCUCAUACCAUAAUUUAUUACGCCGUUGUAAAAGUGACAGGCGAUGCGUACCACCAGUGGCCACGUGUUCGUAUGCGUAAAUUCUACCCUAAUUUUAGGGCCUUGGUGAAAAACAAGCUCGACGUUUUGAGCAAAGCAGGUUUGAACACGGAGUCCUUCGACAACAUGGACCUCACGCGUGUUCCAUCGACCAAGGCAAAGUUGGAACCGAAACUCGAUCAGUUUUUCUCCAAAGAAGAUAAUCCCGCCCUCGUGUCGAUCCCUGACAAAAUUUCCCAGAAAUCUAGUCAGGUCGACACAAAGCCCGAGGAUGUUGUGGAUGGUCUCCUCUUUGAGGAAAUCCCUCCAGAGCUAUUCACAACCGACUUCGACAGCGAACCCGUCCAUGAGGUCCUUGAAAGGACUCGUCAGGAAGACCUUCAGAAGCGCCGCGUGUCGCCUCUUUUUCCCUCUGCACCGUUUUCACCCUUUGACCAAUCCCCACUAUCUUCCACUUGUUCGACGAAACGCAGCAGCCAAGUUCUCGUGCCGGCCUCGCCCGAAAAGGAGAAUGUGGAUGCACUCGACGACGAUGACGACCUUCUGCAGUACAUCGCAGAGGCAGCCGAGGAAAAGGCCUUUCAAUUGUGUUCUGACGCAGACGAAGCCGUUGCACUGGCAUUCGCUGGUCACACUGCACUACCUUCCUCCCCCGACUUGAGCCUUCGCAGGAGGCGCUUUUCUUUGGAUGAAAGCGCAAGCGCUUUGUGUUUGAGGGAGUUGGCUUGGGCAAGACGAGGCACAGAUCAAUAUGCAUUCACUGCCUUUGGUUUCAAGUGCUUUUUGGAACACGCCAAGUCUGGAAAUGAUGAGGCAAGCCCACUUCUUAAGCAACGAAUCCACGGGCUUUUCAUGAUCCAUCCACCUCACCAACUUGGAUGGAGGUGUCGACCUAACGAUGAACUGGAGCUGAACCGUGUCUUAAAAGGAACACGUUACUAA